AUGUUUGUGGGCUUCUCGUGGUACAUGAAAUGUGAGUCACUGUUCGAAGGACUCUUUGAUCAGAUCAUACUGGUCCUCAUGGUGUCACCAUUGUUGCUGCUUCUAGCUGUUCACUUGCUUUCGAGCUUUGUAGAGGUCUUUGUUCUUCAUAUCCUUGCCCCAGCAGGACUCUCUUCACAGGGCUGGUGGGACCCCUUGGGGUGUUGGGGUUGCUUCUUUGUGCUUCUGUUCUUCAUGAUCUCUUACCAGUCUGACUUCAGAGAUCGUUGGUUUCCUCUAAAUACUCUGGUUUCUCAGUUUCCUUCAAAUUCCCAAACCACUUUGAUUUCUCAAGUUCUUUUGGUUUCUAAUGCUAUGAUUGUAUCUCAAAUGCCUUCGAAUUCUCCAACUACUUUGAUUUCACGACUUCCUUUGUCUUCUCAAAAUUUGUCUUCUCAUAUCAUUGUGGUUCCAUAG